AUGCCGUGUUCACCCGGAAGGGCAGACCAAUGCGGGGCACCUGACCCCGGCGGGGCACAAUUGGGAGGGGUGGGAAGAAAAGAAGAGGGAGAGAGGGAGGGAGAGGGAGGGAGAGAGAGACAGGCAGAGAGAAACAGAGAAGCUCAAGGUUCAGUGAAUCCAAAGAGACGCGAAGCUGCCUCCGGUCCAAUCACCGCCCGGAAUGUGCCCACGUUCCCUCUAUCGCCGGACGACAACGCUUCAAUUCGCGGGCUUCCAUGGCCAGCGUGUUCUACAAAAAGGACAGCCGGGCUCAAUAGGUAUCCCAUUGGUACCUACUUAAGAUACUACAACUCCGGACUUACUUACCGCAGGCGUCUUUCUUCAUUCCAUUCCAGUCUUGGCGGCACCACCCCUGCGUUGUCCCACAUGCAGCCAAUCACUUCUGCUGCCGAGACAUGCAGGAUAUACUUUGCUUACAAAGGCAGGAAGAAAUGUGUUUUUGAUUGUAUUAACGUGCUCCCUUCUCAGGCUCUUACACUGACCCAUCGAUCCCUCCUCCCCAUCAAGUCUGUUGGGCAUAAUUCACAGGUGUCCUACGUCCUCAGCCCUACGUAA